UAAAAGAACUCUUCAGCGCGACGAAGAAGAAGAUAAAAAAAUGGACCUUUUCAUCUUUAUCUUCCUCCUCUGUUUCCCUAUCUUCAUCUUCUUCAUCUUCUUCCCCAAGAAUUCUUCUUCAGAAUUUGGUUUCAAGUCGUAUCCGAUCAUCGGCAGUUUACCUGGUCUAGUGAAUAACCGUCACCGAUUCCUCGACUGGACGGUGGAGACUCUGUCUCGAUGUCCAACCCAAACGGCGAUUUUCCGGCGACCAGGGAAGCAACAGUUUGUCAUGACGGCGAAUCCAGCUAACGUCGAGUAUAUGCUCAAGACGAAAUUCGAGAGUUUCCCUAAAGGCGAACGGUUUAUCUCGAUUCUUGAGGAUUUUCUCGGCCGCGGGAUUUUUAACUCCGACGGUGAGAUGUGGUGGAAACAGAGGAAGACGGCGAGUUAUGAAUUCAGUACUAAAUCUCUCCGUGACUUUGUUAUGAGCAACGUCACCGUCGAAAUCAACACAAGGCUAGUUCCGGUGUUAGCAGAAGCUGCAACCACCGGAAAAUUGAUAGAUCUUCAAGACAUAUUGGAGCGAUUCGCGUUUGAUAACAUCUGUAAAUUAGCCUUCAACGUUGAUUCAGCUUGUCUCGGUGACGACGGAGCCGACGGCGUUAACUUCAUGCAGGCCUUUGAAACGGCGGCGACGAUCAUAUCGCAAAGGUUUCAGUCUGUGGUUUCGUAUUCAUGGAAGAUUAAAAAGAAACUUAAUAUUGGAUCAGAGAGAGUUCUGAGAGAAUCAAUCGUGACCGUUCAUAAAUUUGCAGACGAGAUCGUGCGUAACAGGAUUGAUCACGGGAGAUUAAGUGACCAGAAGGAAGAUUUGCUUUCUCGGUUUAUCAGCAAGGAGGAGAUGAAUUCGCCGGAGAUACUCCGUGACAUUGUCAUAAGCUUCAUUCUCGCGGGACGAGACACGACUUCCUCUGCUUUGAGUUGGUUCUUUUGGUUACUCUCUAUGCAUCCAGAGGUGGAAAACAAGAUUCUACAAGAGUUAGACUCGAUUCGAGCUCGAACAGGGAAGCGAAUCGGGGAAGUUUACGGGUUUGAAGAUCUUAAACUGAUGAAUUAUCUGCAUGCGGCGAUAACUGAAUCUUUAAGAUUGUAUCCGCCAGUGCCAGUGGACACAAUGAGUUGUGCUGAGGACAAUGUGUUGCCUGAUGGGACAUUUGUAGGGAAAUCUUGGGGGAUAAGCUAUAACGCGUAUGCAAUGGGAAGGAUGGAGAGUAUUUGGGGGAAAGAUUGUGAUCGGUUUGAUCCCGAGAGGUGGAUUGAUGAAACCAAUGGUGGUUUUAGAAGUGAGAAUCCUUUUAAGUUUCCUGCGUUUCACGCAGGACCAAGGAUGUGUUUAGGGAAGGAGAUGGCUUAUAUUCAAAUGAAAUCGAUAGCCGCUGCGGUUUUAGAGCUGUUUGUGGUUGAGGUUCCGGGGAAGAAGGAGCGUCCUGAGAUUCUAUUGUCGGUGACACUUAGAAUCAGAGGAGGUUUGUUUGCGAGGGUACAAGAGAGAUCUUGAGUUACUUGUUAUAGAAGCAACCUUUGUUUGCUCUUCUCAUGUCUUUAAGUGUCCAUAUAUUACUGUAAACAAACACGUUUUUAGUUG